UUGUUAGGGGUAAGAUUAUUGUUUAGACUGAUUAUUUUUUGUUAGGGGUAAGAUUAUUGUUUAGACUGAUUAUUUUUAGAACAUUGAAUUUAUUUGACGGGAUGAGUUAGCUCGUUUGGUAAGAGCCCUAUGAGCCAAUUGUCAUGCUCACGGGUUCAACGUCAGGCGGAGGGGAAGUGCCGACUCUUGUCACCAAAUGUAGUAUUGGGUGUAGGGCUUUAUCCUCAGCCCAGGUAAAGUCCUGGGAUCGCUGCCUAACCGGGCCCGGAAUGAGCCACGAAGUGGGGAACUCCUGGAUUACCAGAAAAAAAAACAUUGAGUUUAUUUAUAUCUUUGUGAUCAAGAAAGUUCUUCUUUUCAGGCUCCGAAGAGGAAUCAUCCGCUCUUGCUGUUAUCUGGAGUAGGAACUAAUGCCAUCGGAUAUGAUCUAUCUCCUGGUUGUUCUUUUGCAAGACACAUGUCUGGUGAAGGAUACGAGACGUGGAUUCUGGAGGUUCGUGGAGCAGGGUUGAGUACAAGAGUAUCUGAUCUCAAAGAUGUUCAAGAUUCUGCUCACGAGCUGUCUCAUCAGAUAGAGUCUACUGCUAAAGCUGCAGCUAAAGAAGCUAAAGCUGGUGGUGUUGAGGAGAGAGGAGCAGAUGCUUCUGUUUUUGUUGGUGAAGCCUCUGCUUGGGACGAGUCAAAGAUCGUGGCGAGGUUGACUGCGACGUUUAUGCGUUUGUCGGAGAGACUUAGUGGGUUUCUCAGUGAAGGUCAGUCUGUGUUCAUGUCUGCUAAGUUGUUUGAUAGAAUUGCUAUGCUUUUAGAAGAUUCUCGGCUGUACGAGCGUUUUAGUGAGAUAAGAUCAAAGCUUUUGAGUUUGAUCGAGUCAAGGCAAAACUCAGGAAUUGGUAACCAGAUUAGAGAGUUGACUCAGCGCCUUGUGAAUCUUCUUGACGAUGGUCAAAGGUCUGUGUCCCCUCAGCUGAUUGAUUUGCAAGAGCGACUCACUUCGACUGUAGAGGAUUUUCAGAAGCAACUUGAUUUGAUUGUUAAAUAUGACUGGGAUUUUGAUAACUACCUGGAAGAGGAUGUCCCUGCUGCGAUUGAGUACGUAAGAGCUCAAUGCAAGCCAAAGGACGGUAAGCUUUUGGCAAUUGGGCACUCAAUGGGAGGUAUCUUACUCUAUGCAAUGCUGUCACGUUGUGCUUUUCAGGGACGAGAACCUUGCCUGGCAGCUGUGGCAACUUUGGCUUCAUCGUUAGAUUACACGACUUCAGAUUCUGCCCUCAAAUUGCUCAUACCUCUUGCUGAUCCUGCACAAGCUCUGAGUGUUCCAGUUGUUCCUUUGGGCGCUCUCUUGGCUGCAGCUUAUCCUCUUUCAUCACGACCUCCAUACGUAUUGUCUUGGCUUAACGAUUUGAUAUCAGCAACAGAUAUGAUGCACCCUGAACAGUUAGAGAAGCUUGUCUUGAAUAACUUCUGUACUAUACCUGCAAAACUUCUUAUUCAGCUGACAACAGCCUUUCGAGCGGGAGGCUUACGCGAUCGUAGUGGUAAAUUUUACUACAAGGAUCAUCUUUCCAGAACCAGUGUCCCUGUCUUAGCUCUUGCGGGUGAUCGGGACUUGAUCUGUCCCCCUGUAGCUGUAGAAGACACUGCUAAGCUGUUCCCUGAGAACCUGGUCACUUAUAAGGUACUUGGAGAACAAGACGGACCACAUUACGCGCACUAUGAUCUGGUUGGAGGACGACUGGCAGUGGAGCAAGUCUAUCCUUGCAUAACUGAAUUUCUUAGCCACCAUGAUUCUUCAUAAGUGAAAUUUUCUCCGAUCUUCUGUUCCUGGCAUGCAAAUAUGCAUGUAGAGUUGCGCUAAGGUGGUGUCAGAAGCGCCUGUUAAUAAGUGUACGUCUUCUCUGAUUAAGACAUGUACAUGUAGUGUUCCGGCAAACUGUACAGCACAUUAGCCCUUAGGAGGCAUUUCUUCAAACUAUACACCUGUAAAGUAGGACAAGUAUUGAAUGAGAUGAUGGAAUCUCAUGUUAUUAUGAUGAAUGAUGAGUAACCAUGUUUUGUCAUGGCGACGAGCUGUUCUUUGAAAAGUUAUCUUCAGAAGAAUGGGUGUGUUCCAUUGUACCUCUUCUAAGAGAGAAAUUGAAUAGACAUGGAUUCAAGUUUAUACUUUUUUGUCUUGGAUCCACCAACAACACAUCCCUACUUCUCAGUAAGUCGUACGAGAAAUUUAGUGAUAAAACUGAAUUGUCUAGUAUCUAUAAACAAAGCAUUCUCUUGAAAGGAAACUAUUAAUAAAAAGAAAUUGUGUGACACAUCAAGGUAAAUAUAUAUAGAGAUGAUCAUCCUACGUGAGUGGCAUCAAAAAGCCAAAGAACAAUGUCAAGAAUGCGAAACGCAAAGAAGGCGGUGGAGACAGGGACGCUGACAAAGAGAAGAAGAAGCGUUCCAAACGCAACGCUGGGACGAGAGUUCAUUAGAAAACUCUGGAGAAGAGAGAGAGCAGCACAUAUGUUAGCAUCGUAGUUGCAGUAGAAACGUUUCUCCCACUGCAUCCAAUGAGAAGGAGGUUCAUAGUUUCGCUCGACCAUCUUUCUCUCAUGGAUCCGUUUCCUAAGGAUCACCAUGUUCUCGUCCACCACUCUUCCUCCUCUGUAGUAGUAGCCACCGCACACGGUGGUUUGUAUUCUCUUCUUGAUCCCUGUGGUGAUCCUUUGUGACGAUGUCAACGGGUGGAACCUGAGUGGCGACGAUGAGAUCAGCGUGCCUUCCAUUUUUUCUUGUUGCUUUAGGAGACAGGUUGAUGGAUGUAUA